CAUAUUGAUCGUCUUACUUCCUAGAAUGGUAGAAACUCGGAAUCAUUCUUCUUAUUCUGAUCCAAGCGUUUAUACGACGGAUAAAUUGGAAAUUGAUUGGAAAAUAAAUUUUAAUGCACAAACUAUCAGUGGUUCAGUCAAUAUCUUCUUGAAAAAAGUUUGCCCAGACAGCCUUAAUCCAAACAUUCUUCUUGAUACAAGGAACCUAAAGAUUCAUUCAGUGCACGUAAAUUCGGAACCAGUGAAAUGGCAUUUAAAACCCAUUACUGUCCAAGCUUUUGGGUCUUGUUUAGAAAUAAUACCAAAUACAGCCUCAAAUAGGUAAAAAUAAAUUCGAAGUGGAUCUAGAAGUGGUAGUCUGUAGCUUAUUUUCUUGUCUGUUAUAAAUUUUUCGUUAGUUGAUAUUUUGGCAUAGAAUUCGCGCCAGAAAAGAAAUUAACUAAACUGCUAUUUAUAGAUGCACCAAUAAUUAAAUUCAGUAAGAGAAACAUAGUGCUUCAAGUGUUUGGGAACCCACUUGUCCGUAGUUUCAAUCGCAACGAACCCGUAACUCUUGAACUUAGUUGUAUGCAAACCAACCGUAUCUGAAAUAGCGAAGCCAUAUUGUCAGCCCAUCUACCGUACAAAGAAGCAAAAAAAAUUACUAAACGACCUUUCUUUUAAAAAAUGGAUACUCACGCAAUUUCACUGAAACACCCAUCAUACUCAUCACAAGUACAAAACCAACCGUGGUAACCAAAAUACUGGUUAUUCCACCAUAACCGAAAAACAUAAGAGAUUAAAAUGGGACUAUUGUUGCUUGUAGAAAUAAGUGUGACUUACCAGCUAGGAAAAUUUACCUUCUGUACCAUUCAUAAAGCUGGUAGCUUAGUGUAAAAGCUUCUACGUAAUCUGUAAGUUGUAUUGUUUUUGUAAAUAGCUUAAAUCUUGUUUGAAGUGCUAUUAUUUCUCAUGUAUGAGUGAGUCUUGGAUGUGACUCAAUUUAUUCCAUUUCUCAUAGGUACGAUGUCAAAAUCGACUACGAAACUUCUCCAGAUUCUUCUGCUCUCCAGUGGCUAGGACCACAGCUUACUGCUGAUCGACGUCAACCGUUCAUGUUCAGUCAAUGUCAAGCUAUUCAUGCUCGUAGUCUUCUACCUUGUCAGGAUACUCCAACUUCAAAGUUUCCUUUCGAAGCUAAGAAAAAUUGGUCCACGUUCGUCUGUAUGGGCUGAACCCAGUAUAGUUGAUGAAGCAGCUUAUGAAUUCAGUGAAACAGAACAAAUGAUUUUAGCAGCUGAAAAUAUCUGUGGACCUUAUGUGUGGGAUAUAUAUGAUAUCUUGGUGCUACCACCAACAUUCCCCUAUGGUGGAAUGGAAAAUCCAUGUUUAACAUUUGUUUCACCAACUUUAUUGGCUGGUGAUCGAUCGUUAGCUAACGUAAUCGCUCAUGAGAUCGCUCAUUCAUGGACUGGUAAUUUAGUAACAAAUUCAAAUUGGGAGGAUUUUUGGUUAAACGAAGGACAUACUGUGUAUUUGGAACGCUUAAUUGAAGAACGUAUUCAUGGGUCGCAUAUGAGGCACCUUCAUUUAAGUUUAGGCUACAAGGAACUGUUGGAAGAAAUCAAAAAACUUGGCCCAUCGGAUCCAAUGACAAAGCUGAUUGUAGACUUGGAAGGUAUUGAUCCAGACGAAGCUUAUAGUCGAAUUCCAUAUGAAAAAGGAUCUCUUUUACUCUACUACUUAGAGACUUUAUACGGAAAAGAAUCUAUGCUGAAUUGGUUAAAAGCCUAUGUGAAACAGUUUUCUGGAAAAUCACUUAAUUCAAAUACUUGGUUGGAAUUUUUAACAAGUCAACUAGGUUCCGAUGUACUUAACCCGAAACAUCAGUUGGAUGCUUGGAUGCAUAGUCCAGGUUUACCUCCAUGGAUACCAAAGUUCGAUGCUGACGAGUUACUUUCAGAAUGUGACAAUAUGCAAAAAUUACUUACUUCAUCUGAUCUUUGUUCAAAUGUUACUGAAAUACAAAGUUUGACUCAACUAUGGAAUAAAAUGUCACAUGUACAACGUGAAUUAACUUUACGCCACGUUGUCGACUCUGAACCAAUAAAUGUUAAUAACUUAUGCAAAAUUGAUGAAUUAUUACAGUUAUCUAAACAGAAAAAUGCUGAGAUACGAGUACAGUGGUGUCUAAUCUGCAUUGUUUCCCGUCAUUUACCUGCAUUGGGACACAUUUUUGAAUUUUUAAACAGUCAGGGUCGUAUGAAGUACACUCGCACCAUAUAUCGCGCUUUAAGCGAAUGGCCAGAAGCUAAAGAGCGAACAAUAAACAAUUUCUAUGAACAACGUCCAUUUAUGCAUCAAACAACUGCAAUGCUGGUUGAAAGGGAUUUAAAUCUUCAUGAAAAUGGGGAACCUAUAUCUACUGCUUAAAUUCAGAUAAAUUUACAGAUAACAUGUAUAAACUUUGAUGUGCAUUAUAAUUGGUACUGUCGUUGUGUACCGACUCAAUAUACCAUUUCUAUGUUAUGGUAAUAAAUUAUUUCGUUUGGGUUUAUUUUUCAUAAAAUAUAAAAUUCUGUUUUUCCAUCCGAAUUAAGUAAUAAGUACAUAAAAUAAAUUUGUUGUUCUUG